GGUCUGAACCUAGUGCCUCCAAGAGAAAUUUACCCUAUCGUAGAUUAUCUCAAAUUUUUAUUCCUCCAUCGCAAGUAAAAGAAGAACCAAGUCCGCCAGCAGAGGAAGGACGUCGUGGUGGAAAACAUUCAAGAACUCUAAGCUUGAAUGGCAUGCCUUCUCCUAUAACUAAGGAUGAUCAUCAAAGCAAAUCUAAAAAGGGGUUAUUAAGUUUAUUUAAGCGUAAAGAUAGGAAACAUAAUAAGCGAGGUCGGUCUGAUACCGAGAUUGAUGAUAAUGGUGAUGGUCAAGUUGGAACAAUCAGGGGAUUAGCUGAUCACACUCCAUCAUCUCCAAAAAUUAAUUUGUCUUCGGGUGAUCUAUCUCCUAGAAGUUCUUCUGAAGAUGUGGGUCCUUUGUCUGAAAAAGGUUUUCUAAGCGUUUCAAAUAAUGUAAAUAUAUAUAACUCUAAGGAGAUAUUGUAUAAUGACUCGGUAGAAUAUGGCGUUAAAUAUGACUGUGAGAUGCUUGGAAAGCAAAAUCGUGAUACCUUGAUUGUGCUUUCCGAUGACAACUCUAUGUAUAUCGCUUCUAGCAAUGGUUCUUCGGCGAGACAUUCUAUGGAAUUCGACUCGAUUAAAAAUACUUCAAUGGAUCCUUAUUUAUCUUCGGAAUCAAAGCAAUCUAUAGCCGAAACUUUACAUGCUGAAGAACAUCGUAAAAAAGUCGAUACUGAUGAAAAUGUAUAUAAUAAUAAAAUUAUGGACAAUAGUUCUGAAUCUGAAGAAGAUUAUGUUGACGAAACAAUUAAAGUCGAUCUUGAAAUUCUUCCUCCAAAUUUAAGAGAACUAUAUCAAAAAGAUAAUAGUCGAUAUG